GAACCCGAGAGAAGGUGCGAUCCGCUGGGACUGAGGAGGCAUAAAGAGACGGGGAGGAGGGGAUGAGAUUUCUUGCUACCCAAUCCCCCUUUUCCCCAGGGAGAACUAGCCUUCCCUGGUUCAUCCCUGCCUCUUGUUUGGUAAUCAUUUCAUUUUACUCCUUUUUGAAGCGGUCGCUUGUUUUACCCCACUUUUCAUUUCUCAAUCCCGUGCGCGUAUGUUCUCUCUCUUCUUCUAAACCAAUUCAGUCACUCCCUUUUUCCCUGAACCGAAAAGGUGUCCAAGACCCUGGCUGAUCAUCCUCCUUUGAGAUGCUUUACGGUUCUAACGCUUUCCUUUCACUCCCCCUCUUUUAACUUGAGACCAUUUAAUCUUGAAACCACUGAACUUGGUUUUGGAUCUAACUUCAGGAGAAAACUCUAAGGGAUACAGAGUCCUUCUUUGGAUAAGAACCUCUAUCGCUCCCCUCGCUGCGUUUUGGAAGGAGAUUUUCACCCCGUUUCAGCUGGUUUUUGCUCGUUAAUCCAGGUGCCCUUGUUUUGUGCUCGAAGGAGGAUUAUUUAGUUUGAACUGGUGUUAGGGAAAAGACACAAAAGGCGAUUUUCAUGUUCUCCAUCCAAGACAGUCUCCCGCGGGGAGCUUUGACCAUGAAAGAAGAACCCCUUACCAGCGGCAUGACACCGGUCCGCUCGUGGAUGCAGAGCGCGGGGAUUCUGGACGCGAACACCGCAGCUCAAAGUGGAGUGGGUUUGGCCCGGGCCCACUAUGAGAAGCAGCCGCCCUCGAACCUUCGCAAGUCCAACUUCUUCCACUUUGUCCUGGCGCUGUACGACCGGCAGGGCCAGCCUGUGGAGAUCGAGAGGACCUCCUAUGUGGACUUUGUGGAGAAGGACAAAGAGUAUAACGGGGAGAAGACCAACAACGGGAUUCACUAUCGGCUACAGCUGCUCUACAGCAAUGGCAUCCGGACGGAGCAGGACCUGUACGUUCGGCUAAUCGACUCCAUGACCAAGCAGGCAAUCAUAUAUGAGGGCCAAGACAAAAACCCAGAGAUGUGCCGUGUUCUGCUCACCCACGAGAUCAUGUGCAGUCGGUGUUGUGACAAGAAAAGCUGUGGGAACCGGAACGAGACCCCGUCUGACCCGGUGAUCAUCGACAGAUUCUUCCUGAAAUUCUUCCUCAAGUGCAAUCAGAAUUGUUUGAAAAAUGCUGGGAAUCCGCGAGACAUGCGGAGGUUUCAGGUGGUGGUGUCCACAACGCUCAACGUGGACGGUCACGUCCUCGCGGUUUCCGACAACAUGUUUGUCCACAACAACUCCAAACACGGCAGGAGGGCCCGGCGCCUGGACCCCUCCGAAGCAGCUACGCCCUGCAUCAAAGCCAUCAGCCCCAGCGAGGGCUGGACGACCGGCGGCGCCACCGUCAUCAUCAUCGGCGACAAUUUCUUCGACGGGCUGCAGGUGGUGUUCGGCACCAUGCUGGUGUGGAGCGAGCUCAUCACCCCUCAUGCCAUCCGAGUCCAGACUCCCCCGCGACACAUCCCCGGCGUGGUGGAGGUCACGCUCUCCUACAAGUCCAAGCAGUUCUGUAAAGGGGCGCCAGGACGGUUCAUCUACACAGCCCUGAAUGAGCCUACCAUCGACUACGGCUUCCAGAGACUACAGAAGGUCAUCCCCAGGCAUCCAGGGGACCCCGAAAGACUACCCAAGGAGGUGCUGCUGAAGAGGGCAGCAGAUUUGGUGGAAGCUCUGUACGGGAUGCCCCACAACAACCAGGAAAUCAUACUGAAGCGGGCAGCCGACCUGACAGAGGCCCUCUACAGCGCCCCCCGCAGUCACAACCAGCUGCCCUCCCUCACAGGCUCCGCCCACUCCAUGAUGGGGGUCAACUCCUUCGGCAGUCAGCUGGCCGUCAACAUCUCAGAGGCCUCGCAAGGUGCUGACCAGGGCUACUCCCGUAACUCCAACAGCGUGUCUCCCCGCGGCUACGCCCCCAGCUCCACGCCCCAGCAGUCCAACUACAACACCAUCACCUCCACCAUGAACGGCUACGGGGCCGGCAUGACCAAUCUCGGGGUGCCCGGGUCACCCAGCUUCCUCAACGGCUCGGCCGCCAACUCCCCCUACGCAAUCAUCCCCUCCAGCCCUCCGCUGGGGGCCUCCACCAUCACUCUCUCCUCCAGCGCUAACUCCUCCUCUUCCUCCUCCAUCACCAACGCUGGCAUGUUCUCAUUUUCUCCUGUCAAUAUGAUCUCUACAGUCAAACAGAAGAGCGCCUUCGCCCCCGUCGUGCGGCCACAGACCUCCCCGCCCCCUACCUGCACCAGCACCAAUGGGAGCAGCCUACAGGCCAUGGCUGGUCUCAUAGUCCCCCCUAUGUGAAUGAUGGCUUCUUCCCUGCCCCCGCCACAUUCUUCCAGAAGAUGGACUACGGCUUCCGAGGCUCAGAAGCCCCCAGACAAUAACUUCUCAGAGGUCCUCGUUCCUGUGGAGGAAACAUGGUGUCUCUGUGUUCCUGGAAUGCAGUAGGGUGACCCCCCACCCCCACCCCCACCCCCAAACACACAUGUACAUGUUCUGGCAGUGACAUUCCAUGUUUUCCAUGUCGGUGUUGUCUGCAUUCACUCCCCUGUCCGUUUUUAGCAGUUUGAUUCAGAGUAAAAUAAUUGUGACCGCCCAGGCCUACUAAAAAAAAAAUGCCAUUCACACAAAGAUAUUUACAACCACUACUCCAAGGUGGAAUCAUGGGAAAUUAACCGACAGGUGUGAUGUUAUUGGAAGAACCCAUAAAAAUUCCUCUUGCUCAAAAGGAGCAGAGUUGCUUGUGGUUAAUAAAUGAAAGGACUUUUUACAAGGUUUUUUAUACCAGCUAUUCAGUGUUUUCCAUUUUGUGAUUCAGUGUGACUUGUCUUUUUGACUUGUUCUUUUUUCUUUGUUAAACAAAGAAAGUCAACAGAUUUGAAAUUCACAGACUCGGGCAAGACAUUUGAAACUGCAGCGCCGCAAAUGAAAAGUUUGAGAUCCUCCAGGGUUUCGUGUAGAUGACGCCAGUGAUAUCAAUAAUAUAUAUCGCCCCGGCCCAAUGAAAUUCUAGCAGUUCCCUCAAUGCUUGGCCACUUAAUAAUAACUAAGCCAUUAAAUGUAAAAUAGGUGCCCGACAAGCCCCAGAGAAUGGAUGGAUGUACUGUACCAUUCCUCCUGCCAGUCUCCACCUAUUCUGUCACAGUUCAAUCCAUCGUCUAGGAAGUGUAUGGAGAACACACCGAUCCUAAUCCCUGUCUGGCAGUCCAGGCUGAAUCCACUGUCAGGCUCAGGAUGAGGAAUGGUGACUAUGGUAACGUGAUACAUGAAAUCACAGAUCAGGUCAGAUACACAUAAAUCCAGAAACAGCUCCAUCAGUCCGAAUGAGUGAAAUCUAAGCCUGGUCUAAUCUCUGAGGGACGUAGGCACCUCUGGGUGCUGAGGCAACCUCAUACGAAAAAGUUAUGUUAAUAUAUAUGUUAAAAAUAUUUAAAGAAAUAAAUAAAAAUAAGGAAUACGUAUUUAAUAAAUGUCAGAAUCCACAUAAUAUAUUGAAAAUAUAUAAGUUGUUGACACUUUAAUGUUACAUGAUUGCAUGCAUAUGCUGGAGCAUGCAUUGUAAAAUGACAAAAGACGAUAUUUGCAUAAAUCACAUAUAUUAGAAGUGGCAGUGAAUUAUAUAUUUUCUGUAUAUGGCAUUUUGACAUAUAUGUACAUGUAAUUUUGACUUUUAUUUUUCUAGUUUAACAUAUUAAAGCAUACUUUUUCAUAGGAGCAUAGCAGAUAGGAAACCAAGUCACAUGCCUACACAGAAGUGUGUUUGCCAACAUUUCUUCAUGGACUUCAUGUUCCAGUUCCUCUGAACAAAAAUGAUAAUACUAAUGUUUGCCUUUGUCUGUGUUGGGCCAAUAGAUUAGGGAAAUGAAACAUGUUCAGAUUAGCUUUACCAUAUUUGGCCAUUGGUAGGGGAAACACAAGGUUUGCUGAAGUUUAACCACAUUUAGGUACCAGAUUUAAUACCAUCCUCUUAUUGUGCUUUUUGUAUUUUGUAUGUUCUGACUUUUUAUUUUUUAUGUUUGGUUUGUUUUUGGUGAUAUAGGCCUGGGUAAUAGUGAGGAAAAAAUAUAUAAACAUAUUUGAUGUCUUCAUACUUUUUAGAUACUGUACAAAAAUAAAAAGUCCUAUGAGAAGAAGAAAAACACUUUUGUAACAGUUAAAAGAUAGAAUUGGUAAAAUCACCCUGUUUUUCAAAGCAGGACAGUUCCUCCACUUUUGUAUAAAAUGCAUUCCUAUAUCUUUUUUUGUAUACAAUUUUCCCCCUUACCUUUCCCUUGUCCUCUGUGUAUAAUUGUGAAGGGUGUAUAAUCAUAGUUAUUUGCUAAUGCACUAUAUUAGUUGGAACACCUAUGAGAGCGUUGCAUCUUAGCACGCAAAAAAAAAAGAAAUAAAUAAAAAUUUUAAAAAUGUUGUACAGUUACAAUAUAAACAAAUAUUUCCAUCUUUCAUUUGAAAGUACUUUACCUUUCAUGUGUAAAUUUUCCAGAGUACAUUUCUAAAAUGAAAAUCAUCAAUCAUUCCUCUAUCCCAUUUGAAGUUAUUUUAAAUGCACCCAUGUUCUUGCCCUGUGCUAAUUGGUGAAUGAUGUUGUAUUUUAAUCACAAGACAUGCCAAUAUCUCUGCCUUUUGAUCAAUGACAAGCAGUGUAAUGCACCUGCCUAUAGUAAGCAUAGUUCCAGUACUGUAUGUUUCGUUCAUGCACAGUCAUCAGAUGGAGACUCAUGGGAAAUGUAGUGUCCCCUCUAACCAGCAGAAAUGUUCAUCAAUGUUAUUGUUAUUGUUUUCAUUGUCAGUGCACAUAAAUGUCUUGUUUAGUUAUGCAAUUUGUAUUACUGUAAUGCAAUUGAUGUUUACGCCACACACUUUUGCAGAGUACUUGUAAAAUAAAAAACAAAAUGUAUAUAAAUUGAUGCCUUACAGGACACCAUAUGUACAUGCUGCAUUUCUAUGAUUCAUACUCAUUCUUUAAAAUGCAAUUAGAAACAAUGAAAACAGCCAAGGUUGAAGUUUGAGGAACAAAAGGAAAUUAUGCUCUUUUUUAAAGAAAUGUUCAUCCACGCUGCUGUCAGGAGUUAUUUUGGAUUCCAUUCCAAGAAAAAAAUGGAAUUCAAAAUUCCAUGUACACAGGGCAUAUAGUCUUACAUCUGAGCUUGUUGAUUCAAAAAUGGAUGAUAGACAUUAGCUAGGACCAAAUCUGCUGGGAUGUGAGAAUGGCUGAACAUGGAAAAGAGAAAACCAGAGAGAGAGAUAGAGUGUGUAUGUUGUGCAUGAGUGUACAUGAAUAUGGAUUUGAAUGUGUAUGUGCUCCUUUUGGUGUGCAUGCAUGGACAUGUGGAUUAUACAUUAAGACAUACAUGCAUUACAGUCAAAUGCAUUAAAUGAUGUAUUUCGCAUUUAUAAUAUAGUGCUAGUGUAUAUGUGAAUGGAAGGAACACUAUACAUACUGGCUAUACUGAAAAUGACACCUAAUCCAUUUACAAAUAUGUCAGGGAAUGGCAAGCAAUGGAAUCAAAAUGAUUCCACAGCAGCAAGAUUUACAUAUUAAUUUAUGUAUUUGGUCAUUGAAAUGAGUCAGCAGUUUUGUCAUAACGACAAAGUUUUCUUCAGUAUUGCCAUAGUCCAUGGAAUCAGUUACUAUGGAAUGGUCAUCCUGGAAACUUGAUAAGGCUGAGAAAAUUUAUAUUACAAAAAGAAACCGGUAAGGAAGUAAGGCUAUAAUUUAAUUAUAAGCAUUAAAAUCAACAGUAAAAUCUUAUAUAAAUUGGGAUGUGUGCACCGUGUAACAGAUAUGUACAAAUUGUGAUCUAAAACCAAAAAUCAACUGUAAUCUGUGUAAUCAUUUAAGUUAAACCAAGUUUUAGGCUUUUAAAAGAAAAAAAAAAAAAUAAAUCUACCGAAUACUGCUGGCUUAAAAGUUAUACCAGGAGCUUGAGAAUCACAAAAUGUCUGAAUAUGGUCAUUGUGUAAAGCCUUAUACUGUACUGGCUAAUGGUAAACAAGAAGUUGGAAAAUUGCUUUGUGUCUGAAAUGGAUUCUCCAUUAAUUUGUAGAGUACUCUUGAUUAUUUUACUUACCGCAAAAACGCUAUGUUCAAUGUUGUUUUAAAAAACCCAUUUACAAUAAUGUUCUAUCUGCAGAAUUUAAAUUCAGUUCUUCCGGUCAUUCCCACACAUUGACUUCAUUCCAGCUGUUUAUUGUGCUUUCAAAUUGGUUGGAUCGUUUUUCUUUUUCAUAAUUGUAAAACAUUGGCAAUGUAGCCAUUGCUUUUGGAGGAUUUGCAGCUGCAGAAUGUAUUUUUUCCCAAAUGUUUUUGAAAUGUUACUGAAAUGUAGACAUGCUUGGAUGGGAGGACUGCAUAUUUAUAAAAGUAUAGAAUAUUGUAUCAUUGAAGUAUAUCAAAGCACAAUGUUUAAUUCACUUCUUUAACAAAUGUGAGGGAAGGGGGGAUGAUGUCUGUUGCUUUUUCUUUUUCUGACUAUGAUCAUGCUGUAAAUAGAUGCAUGCUUCUCUGUGAUCCAGUGCUUUUUUGUACAGAUGCAGACUAAUAAAGAUGACAUUUGGCUUGAAAA